GCAGCAGAGCGUAUGAGUACAUGGGCUACAUCAGGGAGAAGGAACAGUCGUACCAUGAUGCAUCAGUGUUCUACGGUCACGCCUGGCUCUACACGAACAGAGUCAACCCCAGCAUGGGUUUCAGACUGGCCUUCAACUACCUGAAGUUCAAGCAGUACAACGAGGCCAUCGAGGUUUGUCACAAGGUCUGUACCGUGGAUGAUAUUACUGCUGUAGCUUGGUCCCAGAUCUGCAAGACAGCACACAGAUCUGAAACCAGGCUAUCACUACUGGAAAUAUUGGAAAGGACUUAGUGGAGUGGUUUAGUUUAGAGGAUGGCGAUGAUUGAUUUAAGUAGCAGUGUAGUGAGAGAGUGUUUUCCCUGAGCUGKCUGUUCCCACUCAGGUCCUCACAGAGCACCCAGACUACCCUCUGAUACAGACGGAGGUGCUAGAGAGGGCACGCUCUGCUCUCCGACCCUGAAGCCUGGGAUUAACCCUCCAUGUCUCUGACCACUAGAGACCUGGAAUGUAUGGACGUGGCACAAGACCGCCUGCUCCAAGGAACUAUGGGGAACUUUGUCUUUAUCAAAACAAGUGCUUUGUUCUCGGUAUACUGCUCUUGAGAUGUGCAAAUACUACUGCUACUUUUAUUCAUAGGUUUUUUUCUCCGUUGGAAUUUUAAAACAUUUUAACAUGUUCUGUAAUGUACAAUUCUCUGUUUGAAUGUUUAUACAGUGCUUUAGGAAAGUAUUCAGACCCUUUGAC